AGGAGAAAUGAAGAAAGAAAGAAAAGGAAAGAGAAAGGGAGGAAGAAAAAGAAAGAAGAAGAAAGAAAAAAAAGAAAAGAAAGAGAAUAGAGCAGAAACAGAUAGAUAUAUUCGAGAAUGGAGGAAGGGACGUCAGGGAGAGGUGAGGUGGGAAAAAGAGAAAGAAAGAAAGACAGACAAGGACGCGGCUACACUAAACCAAUGCACUGACACACGUUUACUUUUUUUUAUCCACACAUAUAGAUCUGUGUGUGUUUGUGUAAACAAAUUCGCGACACUCCCAAGCGAACGAGCGAGUUGGAUCGAAAACCAAUAAUAUUUUUCUCCGACGAUCAUUGAAGAACAAAGAACAGCGUCCUUCGUACGAACCUUUUCGAGACUUUCUUACGAGCGUAUAUACGCUCCACGUUUCUCCAAAUACUGUCGCUCGGAAAUUCCUCGCAAAAAUUCGGACGCAUUUCGCUCGCUCGCCGCUCACUCAGCUCCGCACUCUUUAUCUUUGUAAUCUGCCGUAAGGGCGCGCCACUUGGCGCGACUUGCUUUGCGAAUCAGAACGCGUUUUUUUGCUUUUCCCUUUUUCUUCCUCGAUGUCAAUUUUUUACGAUAUUUUAAUUUAUAUUUUUUUUUUUAUUAUAUCAUUUUACGUAAAAAAUCAUUAUUAAGUUUUAUAUUUAAUGUUUUAUUAUAAAUAUUGUUAUACGAAUGUUUCGAAAACUAUGUGUGUCGAUUGAUUCGUCCUUUUUUGGAUCCAUUUUGAUUUAACGGAAAAUAACUUUAAACAGAAAAUUUCUUUUGCACAUUGCAUCAUGGUGUGAGAAAUAAACUUGCUGGAUGAUAUGGGGGCGAUAAUUUGUAUUACUAUGACGACGCGGUCUAUGUCCGUCAAAACAAUGCACGUGACACGAUCAUUUCAUGUAUUAACGUUUCGAAUAGCUACGUGUUCAGUGUCAUAAUUUUUACUUGAAAUAUUUCAAAUGAAUACUUUUAUACAAAAUGUAUAUAUUAAAGACGGAGAAUAUACGAAAACAAUAUAUUCUAUGAUCAAGGAACAGCGAUAUGGAGAUACAAUCAAAGUGUUAACGACCCUUUUUGAAUCUCAUCCUGAUUCCAGACCUUGUUUAUCGCUUCUUGCUCAUUGUCAUUUUUAUAUGCAAGACUUUGCGGCAGCAGCUACCUGUUACGAAAAAUUGGUUCAAAUAUGUCCAGAAGAAAAUAUAUAUAAGCUUUAUCAUGCUCAAUCUUUGCAUCAAGCUUGUAUGUACCAAGAGGCUUGGACAGUUUCUUUGACUAUCGUUGAUUCAAGUAAUUUAGAAUAUAAAGUAAAGAAGUUACAAGCAGCCAUAAAGUAUGGUCAAGAAGAUAUGGUAGCUGCAAAAAAUCUUGUAGAUCAAUGUCCACUCGAUGAUGUGGAUACAGAAGUAAAUUUGGGAUGUCUGCUAUACAAGGAAGAGGAAUAUGAACAAGCUUUAAAAAAAUUCUCAAAUGCUUUACAAAUUACAGGAUUUAAACCUCAUUUGUCCUAUAAUGUUGCUCUCUCUUAUUUCAAACUAAAAGAAUAUGCAGCUUCUUUAAAACAUAUUGCUGAUAUCAUUGAGCAAGGAAUUAGAGAACAUCCGGAACUAGGCGUGGGUAUGGCAACAGAAGGUAUUGAAGUUCGUAGUGUUGGAAACACGCUUACUCUUCAUGAAACAGCUUUGACAGAAGCUUUUAAUCUAAAAGCUGCUAUAGAAUACCAGUUGCAAAAUUAUGAAGCUGCUAAAGAAGCAUUAACGGAUAUGCCUCCUCGUUCUGAAGAAGAAUUAGAUGCCGUUACAUUACAUAAUCAAGCAUUAUUAAAUAUGGAUACAAAGCCGAGCGAAGGGUUCGAAAAAUUACAAUUCUUAUUACAACAAAAUCCUUUUCCACCUGAAACGUUUGCUAAUGUACUAUUGCUAUAUUGUAAAUAUCAAUAUUAUGAUUUAGCAGCAGAUGUUUUAGCUGAAAAUGUACAUUUAACAUACAAGUAUUUGACACCGUAUUUAUAUGAUUUCCUGGAUGCAUUAAUUACGCAACAAACUUCGCCGGAAGAAGCGUAUCGCAAAUUCGAUGAUCUUGCAAACAAGCAUACUGAAACAUUGCGAAAGGCAACUAAACAGGUUCAAGAAGCAAGAUUAAAUCAUGAUGAUAGUGCUGUUAAAAAAGCUGUAACUGAUUAUGAGGAAGCAUUAGAUAGAUAUGUACCUGUUCUAAUGGCACAAGCUAAAAUAUAUUGGGACAGGGAGAAUUAUGUACAAGUAGAGAAAAUUUUUAGGAAGAGCGUUGAAUUUUGUAACGAACAUGAUGUAUGGAAGUUAAACGUAGCACAUACUUUAUUUAUGCAAGAAAAUAAAUUUAAGGAAGCAACAGGUUUUUAUGAACCGAUUGUCAGAAAAAAAUAUGAUAAUAUUUUAGAUACAAGCGCUAUAGUAUUGGCAAAUUUAUGCGUAAGUUACAUUAUGACAUCUCAAAAUGCAGAUGCUGAAGAAUUAAUGAAGAAAAUUGAAAAAGAAGAAGAGGCAAUAUCGUUUGAAGAUCAAGAUAAAAAGUUAUUUCAUCUCUGUAUUGUAAAUUUGGUGAUUGGAACUUUAUAUUGUUCAAAAGGCAACUACGAAUUUGGCAUAUCUAGAGUGAUGAAAAGUUUAGAACCUUAUAAUAAGAAACUAGGAACAGAUACUUGGUUCUAUGCAAAAAGAUGUUUUCUCUCUCUCCUAGAACAAUUAGCUAAACAACUAGUAGUUUUAAAAGAUUCCACUUUACAAGAAUGUAUUCAAUUUCUGGAACAUUGUGAAGUUUAUGGACGAGAUAUACCUACUGUAAUAGAACAACCAUUUGAUAUGCAAGAUAUUCUAACAGUACCACCUCAAGGAAUACAAACUGUUAUAUAUGAAGCAAGGUAUUUGAAGUCAUUGUUUCUAAAGCUACAAACGUCUUAAAGGUAUACAUGUUAUAAAAUAUAAAAUAUAUGUAAAUGCUUUAGAUAUUUUUUAUGUCUGGAUUGAAUAUAGAUAUUAAGUGUAAAAAUAAAAUAUAUUUAUUAAA